AUGGGAAUGUUCAGCCGUAGGUUCGACUCUAUUAGGGGCCAGGAGAGUGCUGGCAUUGUGACAAGCGAUGGAGAGUCAUCCCAGGCAUUCAAAGUACACAAGGGAAUGGGUCUUAUUAAUCACGUGUUCAAUGCAGACAGCCUGAAGAAGCUGUACGUGUCAAACCUUGGGAUUGGACACACGAGGUACUCCACCUCAGGAAUUUCUGAGCUGCAGAACUGCCAGCCUUUUGUCGUAGAAACUCUCCACGGGAAAAUUGCUGUGGCACACAAUGGUGAACUAACGAAUGCUAUACGACUUAGGAGAAAGCUUAUGAGGCAUGGCGUAGGACUAUCAACCAGUUCUGACAGUGAAUUGAUCACCCAGCUGCUGGCUUUCACACCUCCUCUAGAAAAUGAUGAUACUGCAGAUUGGGUAGCAAGAAUAAAAAAUUUAAUGAAUGAAACUCCAACUUCAUAUUCAUUGCUAAUUAUGCAUAAAGACAUUAUCUAUGCAGUACGUGAUCCGUAUGGGAAUCGUCCACUCUGCAUUGGUCGCCUUAUUCCAGUAGGGGACAUUAACGGAAAAGGAAAAGAUAACAGUGAAACAGAAGGCUGGGUAGUCUCCUCUGAAUCCUGUAGCUUUUUAUCUAUCGGUGCAGAGUACUAUCGUGAGGUCCUUCCUGGUGAGAUAGUGAAAAUAUCCAGAUAUGAGGUCCAAACACUGGACGUUGUACCAAGACCUGAAGGAGAUCCAUCAGCAUUCUGCAUCUUUGAAUACGUUUAUUUUGCAAGACCAGACAGUAUCUUUGAAGGUCAGAUGGUGUAUUCAGUCAGGAGAAGAUGUGGUCAACAACUUGCGGUUGAAGCACCUGUGGAAGCAGACCUGGUCAGCACAGUUCCAGAGUCUGCAACCCCAGCAGCUCUUGGUUAUGCUCAAAAGUGCGGAUUACCUUAUGUUGAAGUCCUCUGUAAAAAUCGAUAUGUAGGAAGAACUUUUAUCCAGCCAAAUAUGAGAUUAAGGCAGCUUGGUGUUGCAAAAAAGUUUGGAGUUCUGUCUGACAAUUUUAAAGGCAAGCGAGUUGUUAUCAUUGAUGAUUCAAUUGUGAGAGGCAAUACCAUUUCACCCAUAAUAAAGCUACUGAGGGAAUCUGGAGCUAAAGAGGUGCAUAUCCGUGUGGCUUCACCUCCCAUAAGAUUUCCUUGUUACAUGGGAAUAAACAUUCCAACAAAGGAAGAACUCAUUGCCAACAGACCUGAAUUUCACGACCUUGCAAACUAUAUAGGAGCAGACAGUGUUGUUUAUCUUUCUGUGGAAGGGCUGGUAUCAUCUGUGCAAGAAAGCAUCAAAGCAAGGCAAGAGAGUGAGAACAGCCUUAAAAACCAGAAGUCACGUGCUGGGAAGAUUGGUCAUUGCACAGCAUGUCUUACUGGAGAGUAUCCUGUAGAGCUAGAAUGGUGAAUUCUUAGUGGAUGAGCAUCAGUUCAUCUGCUACUGAACAUAACUUUUUCAAAUAUGCCUUUUUGCUAUUAGUGUUCCUCCAUUUUAGGUCAUACUUAAAGCUUAUGACAGCUAACUAAUUUACUGUUACUGAAAUAUGUCUUUAGAGACUUACAGACAGUCUGAAGUGAUGAAAACUAUAUAAGCAGAUUAAAAUAUAAAAUCGUAUAGUUUUUGAUGCGCAGUUGUGCCUUCUAUUUUCUCAAAGAAUAAUUUAAAAGCCAAAGUGUUUUUAAUUAUUUAGGUGUCCCAGAGUAUUUUGUUUCAGUGUUGCCCUGAAAAGUAAGAUACCCCUGUUAGACUUGUUCACAAAGUUAAAAUACAAAUCAUGGAUCAUGUGGUGUAAUUUCAAACUAUCAAAGUCUUACUGCAAAAGUAUGCGAAGUAUGCUUUUCUCUUUAGGAAAAAAUACCAGAUUCUGAAGUCAAAUUGCUUCCUCAGCAGUUCUUGCAUAGUCCUCCUAAGGCUAGAAGGACCUAACUCUUGCAUAUAUAGCUAAGUAGUCCUUAUUAACAAACCUUUUGUAACUAACAAGCGUCCAGAUUCUGUGAACGUAAAGCGUAGCCUAUGAUUUUAAAAAUGGAACACUCAGGGAAAUGUUCAGCCAAAAAGCUCUCUAGUUUUAUAUCUUCAAAAUUCUUUUUUUGAAGUCCACUGUAUUUGCAUUAUCUUUGGAUGCUUUUACAAUUGCCAAUAGGAUGUGGAAGGAGAAUGCUUUACACUGCCAGUGAUUUUAUAUUCUGUCACAUCAUGUUUUCUCCAGGAUAAAUCCCAACAAUUUUUAUAUGUCCACCUUCAAUGUAAAAUCAAAAAUAAAAUUACCUUUGUUGCUUUAACAGUAAAUAAGAUGAUAUAUCAACUAAAGGAUAUGAGUUAUGUUUUGGGUAUACUCUUUAUUUUGCUACAGUACUGCUGUCAUAUAAUAAAUGUAAUGUUAAAAAAAAGAGUUUUGAAGAACCAUUAGGCGUUGAAUGCAUUGUAUUUUUUAUAGUUACUUGUACACAUGAAGAUCACUUGCACAAUGACUCAUUAGCUAAAAUGAAAAAGCACCUUUUGAAAACUUGCAAAUUUACACAGAUAACAAGAUUAUUUUAUGCAGCAGAUACGCACAAUUGUAAAAUAUUUUGUAUGCCUCAUUUUUUUCAUUGAAUACCAGCAACUUAAUUAUAAAUUUUCUAUUUAAUAUUCUUUAUUUUGGCCUUAUAGUUGUUUGUGAUUCUGCUAGAAAAAAGAAAAAUAAAUGCUUAAGAUAUUUAGUUGAGAAUUACAGCCCUAGUCGCUAAGUUCAAAAGGGUGCUUUCUUACCUGGGACUUGUAGCAACUGUGGCUGAUGUACAAGGACAAAACAGAAGUCCCAGUUCAAGAAAGGAUGUAAAUAAAUUUUACUGAAGUCAAGACAUAAGCCUUAUGCAGGUUCUGUGUGGAAUCAAAACCAACCUGCAGUCAAGCUGAUGGGAGAAUCUAGAUUUUAAUAAGAAUCAAGUUGUUUACUGCGUUCUUCACUAAAGCCCAAAUCUCUUUAUGGGGAGAUGUAUGUGAAUCUUCUCUGUCCAAUUAGUUAGUUUAACAGAACCAUAAUGGUUCAUCCUGAAAAUAAUCUCAGCAAGAUAACUGGAUGGAGUUACUCUGACUGCCCCCUCUCCCAGAUUAAUCAGGAAGGAGCGAGAAAAGAGAAAAACUGUCAUUAACAUUUUCCCCCCUUUUGUCUUUCCUACCCUCAAUAAGAACACUAUUCAAAAGAAGGGAUAAGUCAAGCUCUUGUGGUUACAGACAUGUGUAAGGAGCCUUUACUACUUGAGAUAAAAACUCAUGCACAUGUUUUACACAAGGUUGCAAGCAGAAGUCUCUCAAACUGUCUACAGAAUAGUCUGCAAAUGAAACUUGGGCAAAUACUUCUUGCCAUGUUAACAACAAAUUUGUUAUUUUUAAGUGAGGUAAUAAAUGUUUAAAUGUGAUACAAGCAUUAGCUGCCACAAUUCUGAUUUCAGUAAGAAAAUUGCUGAUGCCUUUUUUCCUCCAUAUUAUGCAUGUGAAAUUACAAAAAAAAAAAA